CUCUAGAAGUGAAAUUGAAAUUGAAAUCCCUUUACCGGUGAGUGACUGCUAAUCCCCGCUCUCACUGUAUGGAGCCCUCUCCUCUCUUCACUGACGACCCCGCUCGCCGGCCGAAACGCCUGGAAGCCGGUAUAAUCUCUAGGAUCCAUCUCGAGAACUUCAUGUGUCACAGCAAUCUCGACAUUGAGUUCGGAGACUUGGUUAACUUCAUCACCGGUCAAAAUGGGAGUGGAAAGAGCGCAAUAUUAACGGCACUUUGUGUCGCAUUCGGCUGCCGAGCUCGUGGUACGCAGCGAGCGAAUACACUAAAGGAUUUUAUCAAAACUGGCUGCAGCUCUGCGCUUGUCCAAGUUGAGAUAAAGAAUCAAGGUGAAGAUGCUUUCAAGCAUGAACUGUAUGGAGACACCAUCACCGUGGAGCGUAGAAUCUCAGAAUCUGCUGGUGGCAGCAUCACAUUAAAAAACAGUCAAGGUAGAAAAAUUGGCUCCAAGAGAGAUGAUCUCCGUGAGAUUGUAGAAUACUUCAAUAUUGAUGUAGAGAAUCCAUGCACAACCAUGACACAAGACAAGAGUAGAGAAUUUCUGCAUUCAGGCAAUGACAAAGACAAGUUCAAGUUCUACUUCAAGGCAACACUUCUUCAACAAGUGGAUGACCUACUAAGCGGUAUUGACAAGCAGCUACAAGAUGCAAAUGGCCUAAUUAGUCAUUUGGAAGAUUCCUUAAGGCCGGCAAAGAAGGAACUUGAUGAAUUACAAGAAAAGAUAAAAAACAUGGAAAUUAUGGAGGAGAUGUCACAACAGGUGCAGCUAUUAAGAAAGAAACUAGCUUGGUCGUGGGUAUAUGAUGCUGAUAGAAAACUUGAUGUGCAACAUACGUUGAUUGAAAAGCUAAAAGGAAGGAUACCUAGCUGUCAAGCAAUGAUUGACCAGAAUCAUCACAAGAUGGAAAAAUUGAAUGAUCGAUUGGCAGCAAAGAAAGAUGAAAUAUCAAAUAUGAUGGAAAGAACAUCUGAAGUUAGAAGAUUGAAGGAGGAUCUACAGCAAAAUCUUUCUAUGGCUGUGAAGGAGCAGCUUGAGCUAACAGGGGAACAAGAGCGCAUAAAUAGGCAAAUUGAUAAUAUGGUUAAACAGGUCAGAUCACUCGAGAGGCAGAUCCAGGAAAUGCAUGAGCAGUAUCAGCAAAAUACACAGGCUGAAGAAAAUGAGAUGGAGGAAAGGCUUAGGGAACUUCAAGCUGAAGUUGAUAAAGCUAAUGUCAACACUCAGAGAUUGAAGAUGUCGAUAAAAGCAAUCGUGAUAUUUCCUCACGGAUACGGGAAAUCCAAAUGCAUCAAAGGAAUAAGGUUGACUGAAAGACUUAAGCGUGAGGGCCAAAGAUUUCCAGAAUCAAUUGAUGAUCUCAGAAUGUUACAUGAGAAAAAAGAGCGUAAAAUAUCAAGAAAACUGCGUACUUACAAAGCCUUCAAGGAAAAGUUGGAAGCAUGUGAAAAGGCACUAAACGUGAGAUGGGGCAAAUUCCAGAGGAACGCUACUCUUUUGAAGCGUCAGCUAACAUGGCAAUUCAAUGGCCAUUUGAAAAAGAAAGGGAUCAGUGGUCAGAUCAAAGUUAGUUAUGAAGAGCAGACUCUCUCAGUAGAGGUAAAGAUGCCGCAAGAUGCAUCAAGCAGCACUGUUCGUGACACUAGUGGACUUUCAGGUGGUGAGAGAUCCUUUUCAACAUUAUGUUUUGCCCUUGCACUUCAUGAGAUGACAGAAGCACCUUUUCGGGCAAUGGAUGAAUUUGAUGUAUUUAUGGAUGCAGUUAGCAGAAAAAUCAGCUUGGAUGCUAUAGUGGAUUUUGCUUUGGCCCAAGGUUCUCAAUGGAUAUUUAUAACCCCACAUGUCAUCAGUAUGGUUAAAAAUGAUGAAAGGAUCAAGAAGCAACAAAUGGGUGCUCCUCGAGGGUGAUUCUUCAAAACUGCAACUCGUAUCACAGGGUGUUUCGACUAUCAGUUCUGCCAAUUAUCUAGGUUUUUUUUAUCAUCUCUGUUAGGUGGUCUCUUCGCUUUAACUAUGUAAGUUUUUCGCAUUGGUGUUUAUGGGUUCAGAAAUGGCACAGAUUCUUGCUUGCAGUUUCACUUAGUCUACGAGUCAUGUUGAGGAG